UUGAAUCCCACAGGCCUCGCACCCCCUCGCCAUCAACCUCUUCGCCAUCCACCUCAUCGCCAUCCACCCUCUAGCCAUCCCCCUCCUCGCCAUCCACACGCGGCGAGAAUGCAUCGUUGGGCGCUGGCGCUCCUCCUCGGCCCGGGCCUCCUCGCCCUGGUCGCGGCGAAGAGGAGCCAUCGGACCUGGAACGUGGGAGACCUGGCGCAAAUCCAGCCAAGAGAUGGAAUCGAGGGCGGAUAUGGAGAAUUCGUCUUUGAAAGCGGAGAGAACAUCACUUUCGUCUGCACGUUGACCGACGCUGGGUUAAACGAGUCGAUCAGUGUCUCUCAGCUUAGAUUCCGGAUUCCCACCGAUGAAGUCUUGAAACCGAAUUUCACGUCGAGUGAUACGACGGUGUCCUUAACGAUUAUCAACGCCGCGGCGGAAGAUUCCGGUCGGUACGACUGCGGGAACGUUUCCAGCAACGGGACCUUUUCCAUGCUUCACACCGUGCCCUUGGAAAUCGGCUUUCCGCCGAUGGGGCCGAAAUCUUGGCGUUGCUGGUCGAAGGAGCUGGAACUGCUUCACUGCGUUUGGUCGAAAGAGGAUAAUCCCGUCACGACGUAUUACGCUUUCUUCGUCCAGACCGAAGGGAGCGUAGCGGAAUGCCUCCCGCCGAAGCCGAAUGCAGAGGAAUGCGAGGCGGGCAAGGGCCAGAGCCCUCCUUAUCGUCCCACCGAGGAAGAAGUGGACAUCGUCGUGAGGGCCCACAAUCUGCUCCAUAACGAGACCUUCACUUAUUUCUUUGAUCACUACCGGAACAUCAAGAUCGUGGAAUUGAAGGAUGUGGAUGUGAAGACAAUCGAUGCAGAAACGCUGAACGUCACCUGGGAUCUCCCGUCUGAUUUGCAGCUCUACAACGUCUCCAUCGUCCAUAACAUCCAAUGGGUGCCCCGGCCGUGGGCUGAGGAGCUCCAUUUCGUUAGCGUAGAGGGGCGGGAAAUCCCAACAAAGAAUGUGAUCCGGCCGACAUCUGUGUCGGACACAUCCGCCGUGUUCAAGAACUUGAGCACCAAGUCAUUAUACAAAUUCUACAUCGUUUCCAGCAACGAAAUGGGAAAAGCUCCACAAAAGUCUAUCAUUGAUGUCGACAAGGAAAAGAACCGGAUCCCAUGCCCAACGAUCCUGAACGAGAUCUUAACGGAUGACGGGAGGUUUUUGCUGGAAUGGAAGGCACCUGGAGAAGGAACGACGACGAAUUACACUGUGUUUUGGUGCAGUUCCCCCCCGGCCUGGCCCAAUUGCGAUUCGGACAUCGACUGGGAUGUUGUUCCCAAGUCCAACACCACUUUCGAGCUGAAUUCAACCGAAUCCCUCAAAUUCGCUGUGUCGGCCAACGGAGAAUUCGGGCACAGCGGAAUGGGCUGGGAGAAGAUCGAGUAUGGGCCAGACUCAGGGCUGAAUCUCCCUAUCUCGGUGCUGGUGAUCACUGCCCUUAUCGCUGUUGCCUUGGUCACAUCAAUUGUUCUUGGUGGCAAGAGGUUGUGGAAGCAUUUCCAUAAGAUGGGGGAUAUUCACGUGACGCUGCCAUCAGCAUUUUCUGACAAUAAUCUGAAUAAGCCAGGGGACCACUCAAAUCAAGGCUUUCUAUACGAAACUGACAGCGUUAGCAUGAACCAGACCAUAACUGGUUUCCAAGUGGUUAAACUGAACCACAAGGAAGAUGGAGAGAGCGAUAAGCCCAAGUCCACAGUCCUAGUCAGGACAAAUUCGCUGCCAGACUUGGGGAGAGACAAACCAACUCCCAAAGAUUUCUUGCUGCAGCUUCACAGAAGAAGGAGCACAAAAACAGAAAUCAUCGCAGACUCUGAAGGAUACUCGAUGGAGCCUCUCAUUCGUAGCACAAAAACAGGAAUCAUCGCAGAUACUGCAUUAGCAUACUUUCAAAUUGGAAUUCAGGAAGAGGAAACUUUGCCUGACACGAAAGGCUCCACUCUUGGGAGUCCCCCAACCAAGACGCGAGGCCCUGUUGAGGGAUACCAGAAAUUGCAAGAUCCCUGGAAAGAUUCCGGAUAUUGGAUCGUUUGCGAAAGGGACUUGUGCCUCGCACCCAAUGAAGGACGAAGCCAGUAUAUCUGUAUUGACCUUGAGGAUGGAGAGAAAGCACCUGACGACGAUCAUGAUGACGACAGCAGGAUUCUCGACAGUGAUUACGAUGAGUCCCUUGUCGACAACGGGGAACUCAUGAAAAAACUCGGCAUCGUGGGGAUGGAGACACAAAGUGAAGGGCUGAGCCCUGGUUACGUUCAGGCCAGUGUGUUGUCCACCCGUGGUGCAAGGACCAUGUGUCUCAGCUUGAGCUACGAACAUGGAGAAGCAAGCGAGGAACAGCCAGGGGAAUUUCUUCAAGUUAGCUGCAUUUUUGAAGGCGAAAGCAUCCCCAGUUAGGGCCUGGAUUAGUAUUCAUGGUUUUAAGAAUGCUGCAAGUUCAACAAUCCCUAUCAUUUAGUGCAGUUGGGAUUCGAUGCCUUGAACUCUUAAGGCAUUUUCCACAGGGCAUUGCAUCUUCAGAUAUCAUGCCUUCAAUCUUCAUUCGAACUUCCACUUGAUGCUUUUAUCGGAC